GUGGCGCGCGAGGGUCGUCAGAGCUCUCACUCCAUCGCACGCGGCCACAUUCUUCAACACGAGGAGACUGCUGAAGCUCCGUGCUGCGCGUGUACGACAGCGCUUCUUCCAAAACAAACGACAGACAGACACCCAGCGGGACAUCAAAGACACCGACACGAACACCCGAGAAGAGGCUGAAGACGCGCGCGGCACAUUUACCUUCACACACCGAGCCAGCGAGGACCAUGGGGAGCGCAGUGAACGGCUCGGACGCGGAUUACCGGAGCCAGUUUUUCAACAACAGCAGCUUCUGUCGGAACUUCACCAACGGCACCGACAGCGCGAGCUUCGCGGAGGCGAGAUGUGACGGCGACCGGAGGCUGACCGCCAGGCUCGAGGACGAUGCCAACCCGGUUAUCAUUGCGAUUGUUAUCACCGCUCUGUACUCCAUCGUUUGUGUGGUGGGGCUGGUGGGGAACGUGCUGGUGAUGUACAUCGUUGUCAGAUACACCAAAAUGAAGACUGCCACCAACAUCUACAUCUUCAACCUGGCCCUGGCCGACACCUUAGUCACCAGCACUCUACCCUUCCAGAGCGUCAACUACCUGAUGGGAACGUGGCCGUUUGGUGACAUACUGUGCAAGAUGGUGAUGUCCAUCGAUUACUACAACAUGUUCACCUCCAUCUUCACACUCACCACCAUGAGCAUUGACCGCUACAUCGCCGUGUGCCACCCGGUCAAAGCUCUGGACUUCAGGACGCCGCGUAACGCCAAGAUUGUAAAUAUCUGCAACUGGAUCCUCUCCUCUGCCAUCGGACUUCCAGUCAUGUUCAUGGCCUCGACCAUUGUCGAUCCCUCCAACAUUGUGGACUGCAAGCUGAUCUUCCCCCAUCCCUCCUGGUACUGGGACACCCUGCUGAAGAUCUGCGUCUUCAUCUUCGCCUUCAUCAUGCCCGUCCUCAUCAUCACCAUCUGCUACGGUCUCAUGAUCCUGCGGCUGAAGAGCGUGCGCAUGCUAUCAGGCUCCCAGGAAAAGGACAGAAACCUGCGUCGGAUCACCCGAAUGGUCCUGGUGGUGGUUGCUGUCUUCAUUGUAUGCUGGACCCCUAUCCACAUCUUUGUCAUCAUCACAGCCCUGAUCAACAUCCCCAGCUCCACACUCCAGACUAUCACCUGGCAUUUUUGCAUUGCAUUGGGUUACACAAACAGUAGUCUGAACCCAGUUCUUUAUGGCUACCUGGACGAGAACUUCAAGCGUUGUUUCCGUGAGUUCUGCACCCCUAGUCCUUCAGUGUUGGAGAUGCAGAACUCGUCACGGACUGGAGUGACAAGCCGCAAGCUCCCACAGCGUGAACACAACAGUGCAAACACAGGGGAGAGGUCCAAUCAACAGGUAUGACUAGCCUUGGAGGGAUCGUCGAUGGACACCCGUGCUGCCAACGACGAUCUCAACUCGGAGAUCACGCAGGUCACCACAGGGCUCUGACAAAACAAACACAAACAAAACACACAAACGGUCCAGGACCACAAUAAGAAUCAACAGCACAGACCAGUUUAAAAAAAACAGAUUGGCAGUCCCUCUGCCCCUAUUACUCUUUGCAUGGCAGUGCCAGGCUUUUAUUUACUUAAACAAAUGUAGAAAUGUGUCAAGCUAAACUAAACAUAAAACCAAGAUGAAUCACAGUAUCAUGACCUCCUUACUGAGGAAGUUGUUCUACUAAAUUGUGCACUAAAGCUUUCAUGGCUUGUUAAGAUAAUGACUCUAUUGCUAUUAUUGUCUAUAAGGAGUAAAAUAAUCUCUGUAAAUAGAGACAGAUGUAUUAAAAAAAAAUGGCGACACUACUAAUAUGAUAUUCUCCCAAUCUGCUCUGUAAAAAGCUUCUUCUUUGUUUAUUAAAUCCACCUGCCCUAACUCAUCUGUCAUUGCUGUGUAUCAGCGCUGUGAACAGAUUAUUAAUUUUCUAAUAACGAGUUACAAGAUCCUUUUACUGAAUGCGUUUAUUUAUUAUUUACCGUCCCUUUGUUUUCAUUCCUUCUUUUUCUUCUUCUAUGGUAAUUCUGUCCUUUAAAGAGAACUGUUGCUGUACUAUUCACUGAACAGGCAUUCAGUAAAGCCCUACCUGUUUUCUCCACUGAAUUAAACAUAUUUCUGAAUGUAAAAGAAGAAAAAAGAGCUGUGUUUAUCUCACUGGAUCCUUGUGCUGAACUGCGGAUCCUAUAAACCCGCUGAGAAGAUGCAUCAGCCUGUUUGCACAGCACACAGAUUGUGCUAUUAUGGCUUAUAGUGCGAACAUAUGGUACUACUUGUGUGUGAUUAACCAUUGCUUAUGACAGCCAUUACACCAGGACUGGUUUUAAAUAGAGUCACACCUCUCCUGAGGACUUUAACUAGUGAGCCAAGCAGGAUUGUACAUCUGCUGUAACCUGUAGAAUUGCUUGUGCUUACGUGUUGUGCUGUAUACGAUACUUGCCAGUUGCCUUUAUAGUAGCUCUACUUGAGAUUCUGUGUACUGUCAGUAUUUUUUUAUGGAUCUGUAAAGAUGAACAUGAUUGUAUUGAUAUGCCGUGUAAAAUACUGUAAGAAAUCUGUUGCAUUUUUUAGAAACAUGAAAAUAUACAUUUUCGAGAUGAGGAUUUUUGGAGAUGAUAGUGGACCAGCAAGUUAAUGUGCUUUUAAACAUAACAUUUGUCUUAUUGAACCUGCCUCGCUACCUGAAAAGAUGUACACCAUCUAACAAAUAUGUGUGUGAAAUUCUUGAAGUUUAAGUGUAAAAGUAUGUAGGUUUAAACAUAACAGACUAUUGAAUGAAUUGAUUUGGGGCUGUGCAGGGGUGUGUCCAGAUAUUUUUGAAUUGGGUGGCCCGGCCCAUUAUUUAGGGGUGGAAUGAAGUCUGUAUGAACACAAAGUAGUGGUAUUGUUUUUAUGGAUCGAUCAUGGUCAAUAUUAUUAAUUUUUUUAAACAAAAUUAAAAUAAUAAUAACAAUGAUGUCAAAGUGGAAACAGAUUACUAUGAAAAUAGCUGACAUAAUUCAACAGAGGUUC